GACUAGACUUCAGACUGCUUUCUCAGACUUGAGCUGGCCUAAGUGCUUCCUCAGCAUGACAGCCAGUCCACCCCUUCCCUGCCUGCACUUCCGGCCCCAGUAGGGGCUGCUUCCCUGAUCCACUUCUUAGCAUCUCCCUGAGUCUCCUACCGUAUCUGUGCUCCACAGGCAAGCUUGUCUGUGUCAUUUGUCUGUCACCACGUCUUGGUUAUCAGUAUCUUUAUCAGUGGGUGGAGAAGUUUUCUUUUGCCCUCCACAUGGGGCAGUGGAGACAACCACUUCUUUGUCCUUUGGGGUAUAUUUAUUGGGCAAACAUUUGUUGAGUAGCUGUUGUUUGUUGACCUGUGUGGAGAAGAUGAGUGACACACCAAAUACCCCAGACAGCUCCUCUUCUGGUAGGGGGAGACUGACUCAUAACCAGAGAGCCAGAAAACGUCCUGGUUACGAGAAGACAGAUGAUGUCUCAGAGAAGACCUCUCUGGCUGAUCAGGAAGAAGUAAGAACCAUAUUCAUCAACCAGCCUCAGCUGACAAAAUUCUGCAACAAUCACGUCAGUACUGCAAAAUACAACGUGAUCACAUUCCUGCCGAGAUUCCUCUACUCUCAGUUCAGAAGAGCAGCUAAUUCAUUCUUUCUCUUUAUUGCCCUGCUCCAGCAAAUACCUGAUGUGUCACCAACAGGUCGUUACACAACACUGGUUCCUCUCUUAUUUAUUUUAGCUGUGGCAGCUAUCAAAGAGAUAAUAGAAGAUAUUAAACGACACAAAGCCGAUAACGCUGUGAACAAGAAACAGACACAAGUUCUGAGAAAUGGUGCUUGGGAAAUUGUUCACUGGGAGAAGGUAAAUGUUGGAGAUAUAGUAAUAAUAAAAGGCAAAGAGUAUAUACCUGCUGACACUGUCCUUCUCUCAUCAAGUGAGCCCCAAGCCAUGUGCUACAUCGAGACAUCCAACUUAGAUGGUGAAACAAACUUGAAAAUUAGACAGGGUUUACCAGCAACAUCAGAUAUCAAGGACAUUGACAGUUUGAUGAGAAUUUCUGGCAGAAUUGAGUGUGAAAGCCCAAACCGACAUCUCUACGAUUUUGUUGGGAAUAUAAGGCUUGAUGGACAUGGCACUGUUCCUCUGGGAGCAGACCAGAUUCUUCUACGUGGUGCUCAGUUAAGAAAUACUCAGUGGGUUCAUGGGAUAGUUGUCUACACGGGACAUGACACCAAGCUGAUGCAGAAUUCCACAAGUCCACCUCUUAAACUCUCCAAUGUGGAACGGAUUACAAAUGUACAAAUUCUGAUUUUAUUUUGCAUCUUAAUUGCCAUGUCUCUUAUCUGUUCUGUGGGCUCAGCCAUUUGGAAUCGAAGGCAUUCUGGGAAAGACUGGUACCUCCAUCUACACUAUGGUGGCGCUAAUAAUUUCGGACUCAACUUCUUGACUUUCAUUAUCCUUUUCAACAACCUCAUUCCCAUCAGCUUGUUGGUUACAUUAGAAGUGGUAAAGUUUACCCAGGCAUACUUCAUAAAUUGGGAUCUUGACAUGCACUAUGAGCCCACAGACACUGCUGCAAUGGCCCGGACAUCGAAUCUGAAUGAAGAACUUGGCCAGGUUAAAUACAUAUUUUCUGACAAAACUGGGACCCUGACAUGCAAUGUGAUGCAGUUUAAGAAGUGCACCAUCGCAGGCGUGGCUUAUGGCCAUGUCCCUGAACCUGAGGAUUAUGGGUGCUCGCCUGAUGAAUGGCAGAGCUCACAGUUUGGAGAUGAAAAAACAUUUAAUGACCCAUCAUUGCUGGAAAACCUCCAGAAUAACCAUCCGACCGCACCUAUCAUUUGUGAAUUUCUCACAAUGAUGGCAGUCUGCCACACAGCUGUACCAGAGAGAGAAGGCGAGAAGAUCCUCUAUCAGGCGGCAUCUCCAGACGAGGGAGCACUGGUCAGAGCAGCCAAGCAGUUGAAUUUUGUCUUCACUGGAAGAACUCCUGACUCGGUCAUCAUAGAUUCACUGGGGCAGGAAGAAAGAUACGAAUUGCUCAAUGUCCUAGAGUUCACCAGCGCUAGAAAAAGAAUGUCCGUGGUGGUUCGCACUCCAUCCGGGAAGUUACGGCUUUACUGCAAAGGAGCUGACACAGUGAUUUAUGAACGACUCGCAGAGACUUCAAAAUACAAAGAAAUCACCCUAAAACAUUUAGAACAGUUUGCUACAGAAGGGCUGAGAACUCUGUGUUUUGCUGUGGCUGAGAUCUCCGAGAGUGACUUCGAGGAGUGGCGAGCCGUCUACCAGCGAGCGUCCACCUCGGUGCAGAACAGGCUGCUGAAGCUGGAGGAGAGCUACGAACUCAUCGAAAAGAAUCUUCAGCUACUUGGAGCUACAGCCAUUGAGGAUAAAUUACAAGACCAAGUGCCUGAAACCAUAGAAACGCUCAUGAAAGCUGACAUCAAAAUAUGGAUCCUUACCGGGGACAAGCAAGAAACUGCCAUUAAUAUUGGACACUCCUGCAGACUUCUGAAGAAGAACAUGGGGAUGAUUGUUAUAAACGAAGCCUCUCUUGAUGGGACCAGGGAAACUCUCAGUCGGCACUGCACCACCCUUGGAGAUGCCCUUCGGAAGGAAAAUGAUUUUGCUCUUAUAAUCGAUGGGAAAACCCUCAAAUAUGCCUUAACCUUCGGAGUCCGGCAGUGUUUCCUGGACUUAGCUUUGUCCUGCAAAGCUGUCAUUUGCUGCAGGGUUUCUCCUCUUCAGAAGUCUGAGGUGGUUGAGAUGGUUAAGAAACAAGUCAAAGUCAUCACACUUGCCAUCGGAGAUGGAGCAAAUGAUGUCAGCAUGAUACAGACGGCCCAUGUGGGUGUUGGGAUAAGUGGCAAUGAAGGUUUGCAGGCAGCCAACUCUUCGGAUUACUCCAUAGCGCAGUUCAAGUAUUUGAAGAAUUUGCUGAUGGUUCAUGGUGCCUGGAAUUACAACCGAGUGUCCAAGUGCAUCUUGUACUGCUUCUACAAAAACAUUGUACUCUACAUCAUUGAGAUCUGGUUUGCCUUUGUCAAUGGCUUCUCUGGACAGAUCCUCUUUGAGCGAUGGUGCAUAGGGCUCUAUAAUGUGAUGUUUACAGCAAUGCCUCCCUUAACUCUGGGGAUAUUUGAGAGAUCGUGCAGAAAGGAGAACAUGCUAAAGUACCCUGAAUUGUACAAAACAUCUCAGAACGCUCUGGACUUCAACACCAAGGUUUUCUGGGUUCAUUGUUUGAAUGGCCUAUUCCACUCAGUUAUUCUGUUUUGGUUCCCACUAAAAGCCCUUCAGUACGGCACGGUAUUUGGAAAUGGGAAAACCUCAGACUACCUGCUUCUGGGAAACUUUGUUUACACGUUUGUAGUGAUAACUGUGUGUUUGAAAGCUGGACUGGAAACCUCAUAUUGGACAUGGUUCAGCCACAUUGCCAUCUGGGGCAGCAUCGCUCUCUGGGUGGUGUUCUUCGGAAUCUACUCAUCUCUGUGGCCUGCCAUCCCCAUGGCCCCUGAUAUGUCUGGAGAGGCAGCCAUGCUCUUCAGCUCUGGGGUCUUUUGGAUGGGCUUGCUCUCCAUACCUGUGGCGUCAUUGCUUCUGGAUGUGCUGUGCAAAGUUAUCAAGAGGACGGCCUUCAAAACGCUAGUGGAGGAAGUUCAGGAGCUCGAGGCGAAAUCUCAAGACCCAGGGGCAGUUGUACUUGGGAAAAGCCUCACCGAGAGGGCCCAGUUGCUCAAGAAUGUCUUUAAGAAGAACCACGUCAAUCUCUACCGCUCCGAGUCCUUGCAGCAGAACCUGCUCCAUGGCUAUGCCUUCUCUCAAGAUGAAAAUGGCAUCGUCUCACAGUCUGAAGUGAUUAGAGCCUAUGAUACCACGAAACAGAGGCCAGAUGAGUGGUGAUAAGGAGGACUAAGCAACAGGAGCUAUCACAAUCUACAGUCCCCACUGCAAUCUGAUGACCAAUCCCAGUCUAGUCUGGUCCAUGGGGAGAAACAGUGGAUCUGAGCUCACCUCACAGAUGGACAUUAUGUACCACUGUACCACCAUCACCCUCAGAUGUUCUCAAGUACCUGCUAAGGCUUUGUAAACUGAUAUUGGAAAUGACCUUGUGUCUUGCCUGAGUGCUUUCUCAAAAUGGGGACAGGUCAGUGUUCACAAGCCAUCCCUCUGGGGCUGUGACUAUCAGUUCAUUGGCUCAACCACCAGUCAAUCAACCAUUAAAAAAAAAAGACUGAAAUGGUGGUAAGGGGAGGACUCUUGAUAUCCAGACUUAGAUUUCAGGAUAGGCUGAAACAAACCAGCAUUCUUGACUCACUCUACUGAACACUUCUAAACAAGGCAUUAAUACGUAUUUGUGUCAAAAAGUGUCUUGCUAAGUGUUUGCCAAAGACGUUCAGUGUGUGUGUUUCUCAUUCAGUAGUCAACUGCCCAGAAAUUUAAAAGAAAGUUUUCCCGCAGCGCUGCUGUGCGAUCUGCAUGCUUGACUUUUCAGAUGUGAGUGCAGCUUGCAAACAUUGAACAUUUCCAGGCAUUCGCUACUAAGGUCUGUGAUGUCGCACCUUCGGCCUUACAACUGCUUCUCUGUCGAUUGUCCCCUUGAUUCGUUGUAGUCGGAGGGACCUGUGUCCGUGUGACCGUUGUUACGACGCUGAUUUUUUGUUGUUGUUGUUUUGAACUGUAUCGUCUGUCAUUUCUGAUGAACUUUAGAGUCCUUUAGAUGUUCCUAGAAAUCUGACUUCCAUUGUGUAUUGAGUGAUGUCACUUUGUCUUCAAUUUUUGUCCCUCCUAAGAAAUUAUGCUUACGUAUUUACAUGGGACUUCCAAAGCUUCAGUUCUGACGUUCUGUAUAAUCCAUCAAAUGAUGCAUGGGCUUUUGUCAUGUGCAUAGGCUCAGCUUUUGUCCUGUGUUCUGUUUGUUUCGCCCUGUGUGCUCCCACUGGAGACGGCAUAUGUAGCACAGUUGGUGUGACAGUGACUACCCAUGUGCUCAAGCCUGAAAAUUAUUUCGCGGUUCACCCGGCCAACAGUUACCAAAGUGAGUCAUGUACUGCUUACUGACACGAGACAGAUGAGUAGCACAUUCCCCACAUUUUAAGGAGAUACCUAUUUUACUCCAGCAAACUUUCCAGGCAAUGAAAAUGUCUCAUCAUGAGUAGGGCUCACCGAUAUGCUUUCGAAUAGAUGUCCAUUCGCAUUAGUUUUGGUGUUUCCAUGAAAUGUCCUGGGAAAUGCCUAUUUUGCUACCAACAAUAAAUGGUGAAGGGGCUGUUUAAAACCACACCCAGUUUUCUACAGUUUUUACAAUAUUUUUGUCAUCUUAAAAGAUAAAAAGGGAGUUCUAGUUUUCAGAUACACUUCAGAGAUGGAAACAAACUCUUCUGCCUUUUACUCAAAAGCCUGUUUGCCUUCAAGUGGGUUACCAGCAAAAUAGGGCCCCUUAAACAUGUACAAGGACUAGCUUUGAGAAAUUACCCCAUUUCAUCAUGGUUCCCCCUUUCUCUCAGUCUGGAUUUAAAAUUAGAGUGUGUCUCUUCCUUCUCUAAAUUUGUAGCUAGGAACCAGUGUGUCUCCACAUUCCCUGCAAAUGAGAGGUUCUACACAUUCCCAUAAUUCUAAAGGGAGUGGAGUGCACUGUACUUCACAUCUCAAACCCAUCCUGUUGGAGCUUAGAUUGAGCAAGCUGUGAACAAAGCGUCUGGCAGAACUGCACACAUAAAAUCUAAGGUGAUCUAUCAAAUUGUGAAGCUGCAGACUUUGACCUCCACCAACUAAAUCUGGCGAGUAGGUUUUCCUCAGCCUCCUGGUGGUGACAGUUGAGAUCACACCACAGAAAUGAGUGGUAACCCAGGGAUGGCUUCCCUUUGGCCUCGCCAUCAGAGGCGUCUGUCUCCAGAUUCCGCCAUCAAAACACUGUGAGUGAGAAUGGAAUCUUCUGACCUCCACAUGAAAAGCUGAAGUCUUCUUUUAUCUUAACUCAUGAAUGAUUCUGAUAGAACUCCUCCACAUGUGAAUACUCGUGGCUAAUCAGUGUACAUCAUACCCUGAAAUGAAACUCUUGAUGCCUGUUCAGCCCUGGAUCCAGUGUCUGAAUGGUGGCCAUUAAGUCAGUCUCCCUGUUACUUGGGUUGGGAAGAGCACAGGGAGGAGCCACUUAGGUAAAACUUGAAGUAGAGAAUUGCUAUUGCAGUGAGUUUAUAGAGACUUAAUACUCCUGAGUUUCUAGCCUUUGUUAGUGGAGGGAAAGGUUCCUGGUUUCACUGGGAUUUGAAUAACUAAAGUCAAAGGGACUUUAAACCUAUGUUUUCUGAAAUAAACAAUAUGUAACUCCAAUUUAAAAGUCCCUUUUGGGGACCCUAGUAAAUGCUGACAUGACUGCUUUGUAAUGUUUACAAUCCGGAAAAUACUAUUUAUGGCAGAAAAGCCUCAUUACAUUAGCAAUGAAAAGCUGGGAGUGUCUUCACUCAUGUUGGAAUAUAUACAGCAGUAUACAGCAUGGACUUUCUCAUGUGUUACAUGUACAUGCAAAAAUACAUUGGUGUCUCGCACCAUAAAAGAUGCUAUGUUGUAGAAGGCAUUAGCAGGAAUGCAAUGUGUGCUUCUUAGCUGGCUCUCCCCUUGGCACAUCUGUGUGUGAUGGCAUCAGCAGCAAAGAGAAUUUACUGGAAAGCUCUCUCACCCAGGCAGAUGAAGGGAUACUGCCAAAUAAGGGAGCCAUGAAUUGUAUUGUCAUUAUAGAGCCAAUGACAGUGAGUCCUUUUCCUUCCCAACAGGCAAAAUGAAUUCUAGGAAUGAUCAGCAUGUAGUCUCAGCAUUUAAUUACAUAUUGUAAUUUUUUCAAUUCGGUAUCCCAGAUAGCUGGAAUGAUACCCACAGAUUAAUUUGUUCUUAUACUUAGUGGCACACUCAUAAGCUGUCAUUGAAAAUGUCCUUUCAGAAAAUUAAUGCUAGUCAGAGAGCCACAGAGACUUCCUCUUUAAAAAAAAAAAGUGUGUGGCUAUUACAUUCAUCCUACGGUGGGGUUUUAAUGGCUCUGGGUCUUAAAACUUGUUUCAUGAAAUCAAUCUUUAGUAAGUAAACUACAAGAUUUAUCAAGAGAAUGUCCUACUCAUUGACACUAUGGUGGCCAGGUAUGUUGAAUUCCUUCUGUCCAUUGCUUACAGUAACACCAUGUGGCUCUGUGCCUCAUAAAUGUUUUUUAAUGACGAGUAUUUCUGGAUGGCCUCUUCAACAUAGCAUAGCCUGAUUUUUCUCACCUUAAAAUAAAACACUUGUGAAACUUAGUUAUACUUUGCUGUGUUUUAAUUAACCUUCAACAGCUGUUAAAAUGGAGUGUAAGUUAAAUUUUGAAGGAAUGGAAGCGAAUGCUCUCCAUGUUUUGGACUGGUUUAUUUUCUGCAGGAGAGCAGCUGUUUAGGCUUCUUGGUUUUGUGUGUGUUUGUUUUGUUUUUUGAUAGGCUACGGUUUGCAUGAAUUAAUAUUUAAAGUGAUCCAGGCAAAUGCAUGGCUUGUGUAAAAAUCUCGAUAUUUAUUUCUGUCUCAUAAAAUUUUAUCAUGGCCUUACUAGAAUUUAGUACUUAGUGGACAAUUUAAUUAGUCCUCCACACAGCUUUUUUUAAAUACUAAAUGGAUUAUUUUAAAAGUUUCAUCAAACUCAGUUGAAUCUUUUUAUUUAAUUGAAUCUUCUGUUUAGUUUGCCUCUAUGAACUUUUCUCUAGAAAGUUCCUGAAACUUCUCAGCAAAUAAAUCUUCCCUGAGUAGGAAAAAAGUGGAUUGCAUAUGUGCUUAUUUUGAAUUAACAGCAACUUUCCAUGGGUAAGUUUGCUAUGGCAAAGAUGUGAACAGAGUUUUUUUAAUUCCCCAGUCACAGACUAGAAGCCAUAAACGCAGUGGGUGCAGUUUGUUGUUAGCCUCUUCCGGCUUCAUUUUCACCCUUUCACGUGUAGUGAGUUAAAGUCCAAAGGCAGCCUUGGAAGGCAACUGUGAAAGCUACAGUUUGCAUUAAAGAUGCCAUCAACGUCCAGCUCUGUGGAAAAGCCAUUUUGCAGAAACUGCUGUAGAGAUUGUGACGCUGCAUGAGUGGGGAGUGUCGAAUCUGUGCUUAUAGUGGUUCUCUCAGGUUUGUGUAUCCUAAUGUUCAAUGCACUGUGUUUUAUAAAUAGUUACUACCGUUGAGUAAAAUCCAUUUCUAUGCACUGUUUCCUGUCAUUGGCCUUUUGUGGAUGUGCAUGUUUUAAACUGCAAAUUUUAAACAUUUGUCCUCUAAUUGUUAUUAAAAAUAAAAUAAACUUUACCAUUACAUAACA